UGUGAUCAAAUGUGAGGUUAAGCAUCGUUGACAUCUGCCCCCUUUACAUAACAAGUCUAGAAUUCCACUGAUUGAUUGAACUACAAAAAAAAUGUUCCGCACUGCCCUUGUUCGCGCCCAGGCCCUAGUCAAGCCUGCCGCCAGGAAUGUGGCCACCAGCUCCCGUUUGCUGAGCAAGGAAUCGACUGAAACCGACGAACAGUUCGACCAAAGGUACGAGAAGUUCUUCAGCCAGCAGGAUAUCGAUGGCUGGGACAUCCGCAGAGGCAUCACCGAUUUGUGGGGCCACGAUUUGGUGCCCGAGCCCAAAAUCCUGGCGGCCGCUUUGCAGGCCUGCCGUCGAGCGAACGAUUUGGCGCUGGCCGUGAGGAUUCUGGAGGCAGUCAAAGACAAGUGCGGCAAGCGGGAGGCUGAAAUCUACCCGUGGGUGAUCCAGGAGUUGAGGCCCACCCUUACUCAGCUGGGCAUCAGCACGCCUGAAGAACUGGGAAUCGACAAGCCCGAGUUGCACACCCCUUCAGUCUUCGAUCUUUAAAAGCCCUGACUUGUAGCCAUUGUAGAUCUGUAUUUUUUUGUCUGACGCCAAAUAGCCACUCAGCUCUCUAACUACACCUUAAUAACUGUUGAAGUUGGAAAAUAAAGUGUUAGGUACUUGCGAGCUA